GAAGAUAGCCCGGGCUGCUCCGUGGCGGCUCCUCUCCAUGGCAGAGGUGCUGCUGCGGCUCACUGCUGGCUGAAAGUCGGAGCGGUGAGCUGCACCGCUCACUGACAGGAGACGGGAGAUUUGGGAAGGGCAAGGGGACGUGGCAGGCUGGGAGUGUGCGUGAAUCUGCUGCUGAGAGCCUGCCUGACACAUUCACACACUAACACUCAUACAGGAGCAUUUUCCAUGUGUCCGUUCAUAUGUCUGCUUGUGGUGCACAGAGUGACUGAAGACGAUCCGUGCCAGGACCUGGAUGUAACCUGACCCUGUGUUCUGGGCCUUCGUCUGUUUGGGAAGAUUUUUUUUUUCAUCCAGACAGGGUGGGGUGGAUGGCUGUUUGAGGUUUAGUGACUCUGUUGCAGGAUGGAAUGAAGGAAGGAAAGAAGGCUAGUGGCUGGAGAGGGACGAAGGCGAGAGGUGACCUUCUCAACCGAAGAGGACAAGGAACAUGGGAGACAUGAAGACGCCAGACUUUGAUGACCUACUUGCAGCGUUUAACAUCCCUGACAUGGUGGAUCCUAAAGCUGCCAUUGAAUCUGGUCAUCAAGAUGAACAUAACGAACAACUCAAGCACCCCAUUUCCGAGGAGAUUUCCCCUGAAGAUGAGGACAACAGCUCUUGCAACCCUUACGACACUAGUGUGAGCGUCAUCGUAAAGAACAUUCAAAAUGUGGAGCCAAGUGAACAGGAUAAAAUGGGGUCUGAGAAAGAUAGGGAUUUCAACUCCCAUCUUCAGCCACAUUCUGUUGGUAAUGGACUUCAUAAUGGCUGCUUACCCACAUUACCAACUCAUUCCACCAAAAAUGGAUGGAAAACUCACAGAGAGGAGGGGCUUCUACUUACCCACCAAUCCUCUACUUUCAGUCAGUUCAGCCCAAUAUCUAGCGCUGAAGAGUUUGAUGAUGAAGACAAAAUUGAGGUAGAUGAUUCCAUGGAAAAGCAAAGAGUGGAAACUUUCUUUAGUUCCCAUAAUACAGAGGACCAAAAUCCCAAAUUGUUUGUACUGGACUGUUCAACUCAACCCAAAACAAACAAAGACAACAAACCUGAUCAAAACAGCAGAGAUGGCCUUGUCAAGUGCUCUAACUCCCCUAAACCACCUCCAUCACCUUCACUAGAUGAUAACCUUAACAUAGUUCUAAAAUCUCAAAGUCAAGGCAGCAGAGAUGCUGAUAAAAGGUUAGGGCUUGUUGAUUUGUCCAGUAUUUCCCAAGUCAAAGCCAAAUCUUCGAUGAAACUUUCAUCUUGUAUAGCAGCUAUAGCAGCACUCAGUGCCAAAAAGCUUGAUCCUGAAGAAACGGUUGCGUCUCCUUCUCCCACAUUACAGAUAGAACCUAGUCAGGCCAAAGAGAAUCCCAGAAACUCAGACAGAAUACAGGAACAGGUAUCAGAAUCAGAAUUUGCAACUAAGCUGCCAACAAAAGAACCAGAAAUCCCCUCUGGUGCCACCAGCGAAAGUAGCAGCAAAGAUUCACCUGCUUCAAACACAGACACUGCUCCAGUCAUCCCAAAAGUUCGGAUCAAAACAAUCAAAACCUCGUGUGGACAGAUCAAACGUACCGUCACACGAGUCCUCCCAGAUUUUGAUUCUGAAGGUCUAAAACAAAUAGAAACUAGUACGUGUAUCAUGCUUAGCACCAAUGCAAUUAUCUCCUCACCCACAAAGCCCACGUUCCCAACAACAGUAGUAGCUACCAGCGGGGGGUCAUCAAUUGAAUUAACAAAGCAAAUGACAAUUAAGCCUGUGGCAACAGCUUUUCUGCCAGUCUCAGCAGUCAAGUCCGCUGGUUCGCAAGUUAUCAACCUUAAACUGGCCAACAACACCACAGUCAAAGCAACCGUCAUUCCUGCUGCAUCAGUGCAAAGUGCCAGUAGUGCCAUCUUGAAAGCUGCUAAUGCCAUCCAGCAACAGACUGUCAUGGUGCCUGCGACAAGUCUAGCUAAUGCCAAACUUGUGCCAAAGACAGUCCAUCUUAGCAACCUUAAUCUGCUGCCUCAAACAAUGUCCUCUGCUCCCUGUGAAAUUCAGCAGACCAUGUCUUCCUCCAAACCACCCCAGCACCAACAACCACAAGUCAAACAGACAGUUCUCACCAGCCAAGUCACAAAGAAAGUCACUCGGGUUCAAGUGCUCACCAGCUCCCAAAGCUCAGUGGUGGAUGCAUUCAAUAAAGUCUUGAGUAGCAUGAAUCCUCUACCUGUGUAUGUCCCGAACCUCUCUCCACCAAGGUCAGCCUGUAUCUCUUUACCCUCCCGGGGCUACAAGUGCCUGGAGUGUGGAGAUUCAUUUGCUCUUGAGAAGAGCCUGACACAACACUAUGAGCGCCGCAGUGUAAGAAUUGAGGUCACCUGCAAUCAUUGUGCCAAAAGUCUGGUGUUUUAUAAUAAAUGCAGCCUCUUGUCUCAUGCCCGAGGCCACAAGGACAAAGGGAUGGUCAUGCAGUGCUCACAUUUAAUCCUAAAACCUAUUCCUGCAGAUCAGAUGAUUAGUACAACAAAUUCAGCUACACCACCCACUUUGUCUACCUCUCAAACACAGGCACCUACAGAAAAGAUCCAAGGAAAAGUUACUGAUCACCAAACUGGAGUCAUAUCAUCUCCGUGCAAUGCUCCUCUUGUGGCAGCCAUGCCCCUGGAGGAUGAUUCAUCAAAGCUCUCCCGGCACAGCUUCAAGUGCUCCGAGUGCAACGAAAUGUUCCAGGAUGACAUCUCACUAGCCAUGCACUAUCAGCAAGCAUCAGAAUCCAGUAGCCAGAAAAUGUGCACUAUUUGCCAAAUGCCUCUGCCAAAUCGGUGCAGCUUUCUGUCACACCAGCGAAUCCACCAGCACAAGUCUCCUUAUAUUUGCCCUGAGUGUGGUGCCAGCUGUCGCUCUGUCCACUUCCAGUCGCACGUCACCAAGAACUGCCUGCACUACACCCGCAGAGUCGGCUAUCGCUGCAUCCACUGCAGUGUGAUCUUCGUCGAUGCGGCGACUCUCAAGUCUCACAUCCAAAGCGCCCAUUGUGAAAUCUUCUACAAAUGUCCUCUCUGCCCCAUGGCCUUCAAGUCUGCACCUGGAACACACUCCCAUGCGUACACACAGCAUCCAGGAGUGAAGGCAGCAGAGCCCAAGGUGAUAUAUAAAUGUUCCAUGUGUGAUACCGUGUUCACUCUGCAGUCACUGCUCUGCACGCACUUUGAUCAGCACGUCCUCAGUCACAAAGUUUCAGUGUUUAAAUGCCCCGACUGUUCCACGCACUACGCACAGAAACAGCUGCUGUUGGAUCACAUCAAGACCAUUCAUGGAACCCUGAAGACCGUAGAGGGUCCACCAAACCUGGGUGUCAACCUCCCCCUCAGCACCAAGCCGACUAACUCCAACAGCACCAAGAGUAACAUCCCCCUUAACAACAACAACAAAGAUGGAGGACAUGUCAAUAUUCAAGACAAAGGAGGAAAAAAGCCUUCGCCAUUAAAGACGACCAACAGGAACUGUUCAGCUGACAUGAAGAAGCCCCUCAGCGCAGGAUACACAUGUGGAGAGUGUAAGACCUCCUUCAGCUCCAGGGAGGUCUUUCUGACGCACAUGAGGCAAGAACACGGCAAGAUCCUGAAGAAACACCCAUGCCGCCAGUGCGACAAGUCUUUCAGCUCCUCGCACAGUCUUUGCAGACACAACCGUCUGAAACACAAGGGCCUGCGGAAGGUCUACACCUGCUCUCUCUGUCCAGCUCUGAGUCAGCCCUUCUCUAAGAAAGUGCUGCUGGAUCAGCACAUCCAGCUGAUGCACGGAGUUAAAGGAGGAAAGACUGAGGAUGUGGACGCUGCACCAGACAGGCAGAUGAGCCAAAGCCCCAAAAGGAAGCCAGAUGAAGAAACAGGGUCUCCAACAAUGACCUCUAGGGGCUCAGACUCACAGCCUUUGAAAAGACUCAAGGUGAACGUCCUCAAAAUUCACAAAUGUGCCGUGUGUGGCGUCACUACUGAGGACAUUGCCACUUUUCACAAGCACAUCCCCCAGCACAAGUCCAACGGCUCGUCCUUCCAGUGUCAGGAGUGCGGACUCUGCUACACAUCCCCCCGCUCUCUGGCCAGACACCUGUUCAUCGUCCAUCGGCUGAAGGAGCCACAGGGUCUCGGCAGGUACAGCGGAAGGGGCAAGGAAGACGAGGAGAGUCAAAGAGAAAACCAACUAGAUGUUACAGAUGAGAACAACGACGGGACACCAAACACAAAAUGCAAAGUGUGCGGGAAGGUCUUCGAGACGGAGGGAAACCUGAACACUCACAUGAGGACACAUGGGAUGGCAUUCAUAAAGUCAAAGAGACUGAGCAUCGUGGAGAAGUGA